AUGCUCGCGUGGGACCAAAGACACACCUACAUUUCAACGACAGAUUUUUCCUUGGCAGAUGCAGUAGGCUUUCACAGCGUGUGCUCGGAUUUCUUUGAGAUAUUCGUGGCCAGUAAAGUACCUGAAAACCUGGAUGCCAUCGUCAUCGGCAGUGGGAUUGGUGGCCUUGGGCUUGCGGUGCUGCUAGCCAAAGUCGGAAAGAAAGUCCUGGUUCUGGAGCAACAUGGGACCGAGCUGGAGGAUUUGCUGCCACACGUUCACACUGAGAAGGGCUUUGAGUUUGACGUUGGAAUCCACUACAUCGGUGACCUGCUGGACCACAAGCCGUUCCGCUGCAUGCUGGACCAAAUAACUAACGGACAGCUGCAGUGGGAGCCUCUGGAGAAUCCGUUUGACCAAGGUUUGGGACCUCCAGAAAACCGCCGUCGGUAUCCCAUCUACAGCGGCAGAACCCGCUUCCCUGAGGAACUAAAGAAGUGCUUCCCUGGAGAGGAAAAGGCCAUCGAUGAGUACAUGAGGUUGGUCAAGAAAGUCGGGCGGGGUAUUUGGCUCCUCGCUCUGCUAAAGACCUGUCCUGUCUUCGUGGCUAAGUUCCUUAUCUGCACUGGCCUGGCCAAACGUUUGUCCUUUUUCUUCGAAAUGGCACCUCCCAGCCUGGCCGAAGUGGUUGACGAACUGCCAGAGGACAAGGGCCCCAGGGCUGUUUUCACCUACAUCUUCGGCACCUACGGUAACAUGCCAAAAGACGCCAGCUUUUCGAUGCACAGCUUGCUUGUCACUCACUACCUGAACGGUGCCUGGUACCCGAAAGGCGGAGCCACUGAAAUUGCCUACCACAUGAUCCCCAUCAUUGAGAAGGCUGGUGGUGCUGUUCUAGUGCGAGCCCCAGUCAACCGCAUCCUGUUCAAUGACGCCAAGGAAGCUUACGGUGUGAGUGUCAUGAAAGGCCAAGAGGAAGUACAUAUCCGCGCCCCUAUGGUCAUCUCUAAUGCCGGCAUCUUUAACACCUACCAGAGGCUGCUGCCCAAAGAGCUCCAGGCCAUGCCAGCUAUCCAGAAACAGCUGAGUAUGAUGAAGAACGGUGACGGAGGACUGAGUGUUUUUGUGGGUCUGAAUGGAACCAAGGAGGAGCUGGGCCUGAAAGCAGACAACUACUGGAUCUUUUCCGAGAACAAUUUUGAUGAACUGGUGGAGGAGUACAUGAAUGGAAAAAGGGAAGAGUCUGCUAAGAAGGUGCCUCUCCUGUUUGUUGCAUCUCCGUCAGCUAAAGAUCCAACCUGGGAGGAAAGAUCACCAGGGAAGUCCACUGUGAGUCUGGUCAGUUUUGCCAACUACAAGUGGUUUGAGGAGUGGAAGGACGGCAAAGUGACAAACAGAGGGCCUGACUACAAAGAGCUGAAACAGACAUUCAUUGACUCAAUUCUGGAGGUGGUUAUGGACGUCUUCCCCAAGAUUACCAGAGACAAGAUCGAGUAUGUUGAUGCUGGAACCCCCAUUACAAACACAUACUAUAUCGGAGCCCCCAAAGGUGAAAUCUACGGAGCAGAUCAUGGCGUCGCCCGAUUCAGCCCUGAACUCAACGCAACAGUGAGACCUGAGACUCCUCUGAAGAACCUCUAUCUGACAGGACAGGAUGUGUUUGUGUGUGGCUUUGCUGGCGCUCUCGCUGGAGCUCUCACUUGUGGCUCGGUCAUUCUCAACCGAAACCUCCAUCUGGAUGCCAUAAACUUGGCAAAGAAAACUAAACUCACGAAUGACAAAUUGAAAGGAGAGUAACUGCCUGAACGUAAGGUAACUCAGUAACCCUGUGCAAAUGUCGGUGUUGGGAAGUUGGUUGGUUGGUCCAACGGUUGGUUUCAUUCGGAAAUGUAAUAGGUUAAAGAGUAUGAGUUAAAGAUGUAAUGCAACUAUUUAAAUUACUUCAGCAAAGUAAUGUAACUCACUUCAUUGAAUCACUUUUUCUAAGGGAUGUUUCAAACUGGUCAAUAAAGCUGAAAAAUGUCUGUAAAUAGGCUAUGCCCAAAGACGGCAUUCUUGCAUGACGAUAAGAUGCAAAGCAACAGAAUGAAUGUUAUUUUCCACAGAAAAACUUCACCCGAAAGAAUAUUCAGAUGUAACCCCUUAGUAAUCACCAACAUUGUGAUUAGUAGCAGGAAUUGAAUUACAGAUUUUUUUUCUCAGUAACUGUAACUGAUCACAGUUACAUUUAUUUUGUAAUUUAAUUACAAAAUUUACAUGUAACAAGUCACUACCCAGCACUGGUGACUGUUAAAUACUGUACUUGAUUAGAACUUAAGUUUCCAUCACACUCUCUCAAAACCUGUUUGUAAGGAGGCUCAAAGAACAGAGACCCAGACUUCAUUUAACACAUUUUUUUUUACUAAAAUGAAGAGUUGACUUUUCGCCCCAACUUAUACCACUUAAAAAAUGCAUCCUAGCUUUAAUUAAUUUCUGAAUACCUGGAUUUUGUAUCAACAGUCAAUCUGCACUUAUCAAAGCUAACAUUACCUCAACUGUAGAUUCAAAUGUCUUUUUAAACCUUAAAAUUGUGUGCAGCUUGUUGUGUGCCAUUUUACUCUUGACUCUGUGCCUGAGGUGCGUUUGGUUUGUAACAGAUUUACAAAUGUCCCUCCCUUUCAAUAUUAAAGGGUACAAACAAUGAA